ACAUAAUCAAAUGUUAUUUACGUGAGAUCAUUUUAAAACAGAAAAGCGCUCUUUAUUUUCUUCAUUUUUUUUUACAUGUGUGAAUAUUUCCAUCGCAGGGUAACUCAUUUCUGUCCGUCAUUUUCCGUGUUAACUCUGUGAAAGUUUUGAUGGCUCUUUCAGCUGGCGUCACAGUCGCUUUCAAUUUCUCUGCAGGUUGCAUGCCGAGAAAUCGAUGCGUUUUUACUACCGAUCGUUUAUCGGUCAGUAAAGGCAUCUUUUAGCUCCAAAUAGUAAGUAUGGCCAAACAUGCGGUGUUGUCUUCAGGGGCCAAAUUGUGGCGAUCUUUGCCAUGCUCAAAGUCGGAGCUGCGACUGGAUCUCACCCUUGCUUGUGGACAAACUUUCCGCUGGAGAGAAACUGCUGAUGGGCACUGGACUGGAGUCAUAGGGGGGCGUGUUUGGACCCUGACUCAAACCGAAGACACUCUUUGGUACUACGUGUACACAAACCAGAGUGGAGCUGGUGGAGAAAACAGCUCGGAAGACUCCCUGAGGGCAGAGUCUGUCACUGCCUCACAUCACCAUCACUCUGAGAUGGAAGCAGAGAUGCUGAGAGACUACUUCCAGUUGCAUGUGAAGCUGGGGGAUCUAUACAAAGAGUGGGGUGCAGCAGACUCUCACUUCAAGAAGAUUUCUGACAUCUUUACAGGUGUGCGGAUGUUGCGUCAGGACCCCACAGAAUGCCUUUUUUCCUUCAUUUGCACUUCCAACAACCACAUCUCGCGUAUUCAGGGCAUGGUGGAGAGAUUGUGUCAGGCUCUGGGGAGCCCUCUCUGUCAGCUGGAUCAAACCUCCUACCAUGACUUUCCGACACUGUCUGCACUGGCAGACAGCGGUGUAGAGGAACGUCUCAGGGAUCUGGGCUUUGGCUACAGGGCGCGGUUCCUUCAGCAGAGUGCUAAGCAGAUCCUGAACACACACGGGUCCCAGUGGCUCAUUGGUUUACGAAACGUCCCGUAUCUGGAGGCCCGUGAUUCUCUCCGAACCCUCCCUGGAGUUGGCACCAAAGUGGCAGACUGUGUUUGUCUAAUGUGUCUGGAUAAGUGUGAAGCAGUUCCUGUGGACACACAUGUUUGGCAGAUCGCUAAGCGGGACUAUAAGUACACUUCUGAUAACGGACAGAAGACCCUCACAGAAAAAGUUCACAGAGAUAUAGGGGAUUUUUUCAGAAAGCUGUGGGGGCCAUUUGCAGGUUGGGCCCAUUCAGUUUUAUUCUGUGCCGACCUCAAGAAGUUUCAGAACCUCAAAGAAAUGACAAGUUUAAAGCAGCCAAAGAAUGAAGAAGAGCGUGAAGGAGAGAGCAAGGGACUAAAAAUAAAGAGAGCGUUUGAUUUACAUCAAAAAAAGAAGAAACCCAAGUUGGAACGUCAGAAGAAGGCAAAGAUGUCCAUCAAGACAGAGGAGGUGUGAAACCACAGGUCUUUGAUCAGAUCAGACAAACAUGCACUGGAAUUAUUUUACAAACUUCCUGGAAAUUGGUUCAGGAUUAUAUGAUCCCUUUUUUUUUUAAAGCUGAGGGUUAGUACUAUAAAAUUACUUUGUGCUCUUUUAUGACUUUAGAACUAUAAAACGGAGAGUACAGCGUGGAUUGUUUUACAAUAUAGUUAUUCUAAAAAUGAUGUUUUAACAUUAAAACUGUGGUCAUUAUGAACCGCAAACUCAGUUAAAUGAGUUCAUUUUCCACUCAUUUAUGCUACAGAUAAUGUACAAAAAGCACUGAAAAAAUAUGGCAUUUUCUUUAAUCAUUGUGUGUGGGACUAUGUUGGUGUUUUCUAUUAAAUGAAUUUCAUAUUUCUAUGUGUUAAGACAUGAACUGGAUGCUUUGAGAUGUAAAGUGCCUUAAUUUUUUCUAUAAAGAGAAACUAUAUAAAUAAACAGAAUUGAAUUUAAUGAAGUUUUCUCAACUCAAAUGUUCAAAACGUUUUUGAAACAGACUUUAAAGAGAAUUAAAUCAUUUUUAAAUGUGGCCAAUUUUAAAUGUCCUAAAAUUGGCCUCUAGAUGGCAGCACAGAUUGAUCUCUGUUAUUACGGAGAGUCCAUGUGGUUUAUUCAGCUUUUUGACACUUUCAUUGGAUGAAUUGUCUCUGCCAGCUUCCUUGGCUAAUUGCUUUAAGAACAAACUAUGGUGUUUGAAGGCAUGUUGGAGAUGCCCACAGCAUGCCAGCAGUGGGUGUUUCAGAGCAUUCACUGGAGCAGAGCAGUACUUCCCUGGAUCAGAGUGUGCUGGCUCAAAAAAAAAAAGAUCCUCGCUGAGUGUUCUGAUGUCCAUAUGUUUAUCUAUAGGCACUUUCAGACUGUGUCAGCUGAUCUUUUUAUAGCAGGGGUUGCAGUUAUCUGCUGUCAGGGCUGCUGUGACUGUCUGGUGACAGCAUGACCGUCUAGGAGGUUUGAUGUUCCAUGUGAAGGAAUGACAGAGCCACUUUUUAGUUUCCUUCUUAUAAGGACUCUUUUUAGAUCUGCACGGCCAUCAGGCUCUAAUGUGAGAAAUGUUUUUUGACGUGUCUUCGAGCGAGCGGAGGCCCGUGUGUGUGUGUGGCUGCGGAUGUGCGUGUUGUACAUCCAUAGGACUGUUUUAUUUUUGUCGAGCAGAGUGCAGCCAUGCGAGUUAAUGAGAAUGUGACUCAGCUUUCAUCCCCGCUCCACUUCAGCCGGGCAGAAGCUGUGUCUCUGCUUCAGGCAGAGUCACUGUGAAGAUAAAAAUAAAGAAAAGAGAAGGGGGAUAGGUCGGCGUCUGCAGAAGGUAGGGACAGUGAUGUUGGUGAGGGCACAAAGGACAGCAAAACAACAGUGGCCUGUGCAUUAUGUAAGACAUGUGUCUUGACUUUUGCUGUACCCUCAGGAGUAAUUCAGUUAAAAAGACAUUUUACUGCGCCUACUUUCUCUAACAUGAGUGUUGUUGCUGCCUACAAACUCUUAGAGGCACUACAAUCAGAGCUUCCAUGAAACAGAAAGAUCUCCAUUGAUUUCCAGAAGUUCAUAAUAGCUUGGAUGGGAAUAUUUUGUUGUAGUGGACCUUAAAGUGGAUGGGACCUUUACCCAUACACUGUUCAGAGGGAAGCUCUCUUGAAAGUGGGUUAUAUGCAAAAAUUGACCUUACAAAAAGAUUAUUUUUUUAGAUUUAUUUUUGUUGGCAGUAUGCAUAAAGGGUAGGCUUCAGUGAAAAUAUACUUUAGCUUGGUGAACAAUAAAAGUGUCUAAGUUUUAAAUUGAUAAAAAAAAAACAUUUUGUUGCAUCUUUCCUAACACUAGAAAUAUUUUAGCACUAAUAUCAAAUGUUUGUUUAGUGUUUGUGUUUGUGUUUUAGCUAUUCUAAAUACAUUAGGAAAUUUCUGAUAUUAUUAUUGUUAUUGUUAUCAUUAUUAUAGCUAAAACUGUAUUUUCAGUACAUAAGUGAAAUGUACAAUUGUGUGGGAAGAAGUUUAAAAUUAUUAAAUUAUGUUCUGUCUUUUUUUUAUCACUAAGAUUAAUAUUAGGAUGUAUUAUGAGGCCUCAAGAUGUUAAAGUACUCUGUUCAUACUACAAAUUCACACUACAUUGAAGUGCAAAUGAAAGUUGUUUCUUUUCUUUAAGGAAAGCUAAUCUUAAUUUUUAGUCUGACACAGUAGUUAUCAAUAAGAUGGAAAAAAAAUGUCACAAUUAAUGAUAUGUGAAUAAUCUGUGACCUCAUUCUACCAAUAAAAGGACCCGUCUCUG